AUGCCGGCCGCGGCCGCGUUGCUGUGCAUGGCGGAGUACGCAGAGUUCCUCAUCAGUUGGCUGGCAAUCUGCGGCUCCCUGGCGCUCAUGGCGCCGAAGAGGGAUAUAGGCAAGGGGCAGGGCAAGGGGCUCAAGAAGGUCAAAGUGGGCGACGUCUCCGCCGCUCCCCCUGCGGACGGUCGCGCCGAGGUAGACGCCUCCGCGUCCAGCGGCGCCGAGGUAGACGCCUCCGCGUCCAGCGGUAUGCCGCCUGCGGACUGUCGCGCCGAGGUAGACGCCUCCGCGUCCAGCGGGAACUUCCCGCCUCCUCCGCUGGGGACGCCCGACUUCGAUGGUGGCCGCGGCGUCGUCAGGAGGCCGUACAAUUGCGACAUCUGCGACGCAAGUUUCCCCGUCUCCUCGUUCUUGGUGCCGUGUGACGACCAGGGCAACGUGCCCCAAGGUUCGGCCCGCGUCGCCAGGGGCAUGCAGACCAUCGCGGACAUGUGUGGCGAGAAGCAGGAGUUCAAGAAUACCAUCGACAUCGACGAGGACAAGCCCGAUUUGCGCCACAUGUGCUUCUCGUGUUUCGGCCUGCGCACCCAGGGCGACUCCGAGUAUUAUGUCAAGGAGAGGGACGGCGACAAGGUGCGCUUGCAUUCUUCGUUUGGGAACGUGCGGAAGAAGUACUUCGGGCGCGACUCGAGGUCCGAGGCCGACGUGUUGCAGCACUUGGCGGCGAAGGCGUUCGACCGAAUGCCGUCCGACGUGACCUGGGACGAGGUCUACCACAAGGUGUGCGUCCAGAGCGAGGUGGCCGCUGCUGGGGAUUUCCACGUCGUGCUGGGCGGCGGCGUGCUGCUCAUGUACAGCUGCCCCAAAUGCUUCUUCCUCCCGGUGAAAUCGAAAUUCUGGCUCCGGUGCGUGAAGUCCCAGCAUCGGCACGAGCCGGGUAAAGACGCCGAGGGAGGACACUGGCGCUGCCCGUUCGAGGGUUGCCUGGAGAAGUGGACGUGGGGAGCUGCCGGGAAGUUGCGGGUCAUCCUCAUCCCGGAGGUCGAGGGGAGCGGCCUGCAGAAGAUGGUCAUUGGAGCGACGUCCGAGAGCCAGGAGCACACCAUUACCUUGCUCAAGUCCGCGAAGCUGCUGGAGACAGUGAAGCGCGAGGACGGCUCCAUCCAGCAGAUCGGCACGGCUGCGCUGGUGGCCGCAAUCAAGAAGCUCAACGAGGAGGCGCAGGGACAGGUGCUGGCCUCCGGGCUCCAGGUGCACAACAAGAGAACGGCGGGGAAGGUCGAGAUCAAGAAUAAGGGCCUGUUCCCGUAUUGCUCCGACCCCGCCCUCAUGCUGGGCCACCCGGGCGCGACGUGCAGGGCGUUGCAUCUCCCCCCGGACACGCCGGCCAUCUCGCCGGGCUUCCUGCAGGAGGUCCUCGACGUGCUCGUGUGCUUUUACGACUUGUCUCAGUGCAAGGUGGGCGGCGGCCGCGCAAUCCGGGAGGCGUACUGGGCCGCCGUCGCCACGCAGAACGCCAAGCGCGGCGUCUACUUCCCGGGGUGA